UUUUUUUUUAAUCUGUUGCCCACCUCCUCCUCAGACUUGCAGAGCCUGGCUGCUGAGAGGCUGAGUCAGUAAUGUGAACAAGGCAGCGUGUGACAGAUGUACAGUACUGCGCUGACAGCUCUCUGUAUCACACUAGUGGCUGCUUGCCAUUGGCUCGGUGCACUGGACCGGCAAUGCUCUACGUAUAAUACUAUGCCCGUUGGAGACAGCAGCCCAGAUUCCUUCAGCUAAGAUGCUGCUGCUGUUACUACUACUGCGAUGCUGGUCCACCACAAGGAAUAGGGAGUCAGGGGUCCAUGGAUAGAGUGUAAACAGAUAGACGCCUUCUUUCUUUAGACUGGCACAAACCGAAAGGCGGAGCUGCAGAUACUACAGCUGGAGUGCGAUUUAAGUGGAAAUUUAGAAAAAAAAUCAAGCAUUUCUUUGCUGAUCUCUUAACAAACUGCAUGCACACUUUGCGUGUGGCAGCUUCGACUCUCUUAUGGCGUGUUACUAUAUUGUUAUCAGUUCCACACACCUAAGCAACGGCCACUUCCGCAACAUCAAGGGAGUUUUUCGGGGACCCCUCAACAAGAAUGGGAACAAGACACUGGACUAUGCUGAAAAGGAGAAAACAAUUGCAAAGGCAUUAGAGGACUUAAAGGCUAAUUUCUACUGUGAACUCUGUGACAAGCAGUACUACAAACAUCAGGAGUUUGAUAACCACAUUAACUCGUAUGACCAUGCUCACAAGCAGCGGCUAAAGGAAUUGAAGCAUAGAGAGUAUGCAAGAAAUGUAGCUUCAAAGUGUAGACGUGAUGAAAAGAAACAAGAAAAAGCACUGAAACGGCUUCAUAAGUUAGCUGAGCUGCGAAAGGAAGCAGUAUGUGCUCCGGGUAGUGGUCCAAUGUUUAAGUCUACAACUGUUGCUGUGGUUGAAAAUGCCAAUCAAAACCAGCAGAACAUUUUCACAGUUGAUAGAAGCAAAGCAGGAGACAGCGAAUACUUAGUUAAUCAAAGCACUGCAAACACUGAGGAAGCAUGUUCAAUUUCAGGUCAAAUUUCUGAAACUGGAAACAAAAGACCUGAAUAUGUCAAGACAAGAAAUCAAAUUCAUGGGGUCCACAGACAGAAAAUACCAGUUUCGUUUUCUUUUUCUAAGAAAACGUCUGUCAAACUUGAGUCAUCAGCUGCUGUUUUCUAUGAAAACAAUGAAGAAGGAUCAGCGAUUGGCAAGUAUGAUUCAAAGUGCAGAAUUGUCUCUGGAUUGUCUGGUCUUCAGUCUAUGUCUUCAACUGAAACAAGUACACAGUCAGAAGAAAACUGCACUUGUGUUAUUCCUUCAAUCGAACAAAGUAAUGGAUCUACAGAUUCAACACUAGUAAGAACAUCAAAUAACGUGCAUGAGAAAGAAGAGGAAAAUGAACCCGACAACAUUACCGUUCCACAUUCUUUACCACCAUAUUCAGAUGUGGCAGAUGCUUCAUACUUAAACCUCCAAACCAAUGAAGGGCAAUCUCUGACAACAGGAAUGUUAACUGAUAUUGAUGAACCUCGCAGAUCUAUUUGUGCUAUGCAGGCCGAAAACACAUCUUCCAGUAAAGGUGAUGAAGAAUUACCAAUAUUAGAAUACAACUCACAAGAAAAGGAAAGUAUAGGACCUGCAGACGUGUCAGCAGGAGACAUUGCCAGAGAGGGUAUAACUGAAUUACUUCAAACUACUUUAGAGGAAAAGCAUUGUGCCAGUCCAAAAAGUGAGAUGAAUGGAUGCAGUAGGUCAUAUAGAGAUUUCAUUCCUGUACUGAGUAAAGAUGGAACAACCAUUCUGCAGUGGCCAUCAGAAAUGUUAACAUUCACUUGUACUGAACCAUCAAUAUCUUACAGCUGCAAUCCAUUGUGCUUUGACUUUAAAUCAUCCAAACCACGUGAAUGUCUGGCAAGCAAUAAAACUGAACAUUCAUCAGAAGCACAGGUCCCUAUGGAUGAUAUAAAGCCUCAAGAAGACCCAUGUAACAGAUUAAUUGUGAACAACAUCGAUAUAGAUGAUGAAGUCAUUUCAAGCUGCACUACUGAUUUUAAAGUAUCCACAGUAUCAGGAAAUAAUAAACACAGAUUGCAGAAUGAAAGAUAUAACUCAGACAUUGCAGUGUUGUCUGAUGUGAGUCUGUGUCAUAAUGUACCUAAAAACUCAGACAUUUAUUGUCUAGCAAGACUUUCAUUAAAACACAAGCAUUGUAAAACUCACACUAAGGAAAUAAUUGGAAAAAAGCACACAUCUGAUACAUUUAGCAGGCAUAUCAGGGACAUUUCAUGUCAUAAAAAGAGGAAACGAAGAAGAAAAUUGUCACGCUAUAGUCACAGAGAAUCGCACAGAAAGGACUGCAGGCAUUUUCAUAAAUAUGAAGAUGGAUAUGCCUCUUGCAAUGAUCUUCAAAGCUGCUCAAGACAGUCAGAAGAACAGGAGUCAUUGCAUCAAAUACAAUUGGAAUCAACAAAUGAAUGCCAACCACUUCAACAAUGUUGCUGCAUCUUCUCGAGAGGUUGUCAAAAAGAAAGUGAGCCAGAUGUUAUAUCAAAAUGCAGUUGCGUAAACCCAAAUUUUGGCAUGCCUAGUGACAGGAAUGGAGCGAAUUUUGAAACAUUUCCAAAUGAGAGUAAAACAAAUCCUUGUAAAGAGUCACCCCCUCAACAACUUUUGUUAAAUUCCAACAAUUGUAUAUUGACAGACUCUGAGUCAAGUAACAAAAGCGAACAAUGUGUGACAGAUAAUAUUAACUCUAUCUCAGACAGCAAAUCAUCAAAUCCGCCAGGUCCUGAGAAGUCUUCUAACACUAGUAACUCAUCAAAGAGAAGGACUGACUUUGUCAAUGAUGAUUCUGAUGAGUCCCCAGUAAAGCAAAAGCGACCAUCAAGGAAACAUAUAUUUUGCAUCACAUACCCAGAGUUGGACAACAAACCAAAAAGAAAACGGAGGAGAAAAAGAUCUAAACCACACCCUUUUAAUGGCGAACAUUCAAGCAGUAAAAUGGAUGACAUAGCAGUAACAAAUGUUCUAGUGAAAGACAUAGUAGAAGACACUAGGACAUUAAAAGGUGACACUAGCAAGCACCAAAUGCUACAAAUAUCAAAUGCUGAGAAAUUAGGGCAGCUACAAAAUAAUGUCAUGACUGAUAAUCAGGCAUCUUCAUCAGAUGGAAGUCUAACCCUUGGGUUCACCAAGCUUGUUUCUGGACAGUCAUCAGAUGAAGAAAUGUAUACACAAAUGUUUACAAGAUGUGACUAUCCCCCAUCCUCAACACUAUCUGUAAAGACAGAGGAAGCAGAAAAUAAUAAUGAAUAUGCUAGUAGUCAUGGAAGGACAGAUGACCACAGUAUUGAAAUAUUACACACAAAUACUGAAAACUCCCAUGAAAACUCAAAUCAUUUUUAUGUUAAGCCAGUCCAUAUGAAAUUUCAUCAUAACAUAAAUGACAAAUGUAGCAGUUGGGCUCAGCAGAAUAGAGAAGUUCGGAAUUGUCAGCAAACUCUAGAACUGAAAGGCCCACACAUCAAUAAUCAUGCAUUUUCAAUUAAACAUCAAGGAUCCAGUCCUUUGUGGUUACCUGAUAAUACAAUGAUAUUUAUUCCAGAGGAUGAUGAAAAAUAUAGGAGUCUACAGAUACACACCUGCCAGCAGAUAGCUCAUCAGAUAGCACACCAGCACAUGAUGAGUAACUCUCUAAAGUUUGCUUUUACUGGCACAGGGGCUCAACCUUGUGCUUCUGUACUACAACCUUUACAUGUACAGCAAGCAAUAGCAUCUACCUCUUUAACUACAAUUCAUCAUCACUCACUUCUUCAGCAACCAGCUGCAGUGUUUACAGGAAAGUUUUUGCAACCACAUCAACAGUUUCUUUCACAAGUCCCCACCAUCACAAGAGCACCAUUGUCUCAUUUUUCUUUAGCAUCUGGAAUCUGCUCAGGAAGUCAUCCGGGUUUUGUAGGAACCCCUCAUCUUUCAGUGAUUCCUGCUGCAGCCUUACAUACUGGCAGUUUGCCGUUUCCACCUUUACCAAAUCCAUCUUUAUUUACUCCUUUAGUUCAACAACAUGCUACACUAGUUCCACUACAUCAACUCUUUUAGAUAAAAGUCCUAUAAUGCAACUGGUAUGCACUUUUUAUUGAAGCAACUGUGAUUUAGGUAUUGUUAGCAAUGAAAGCAGUGCUGCAGUAAAGUAGCAAAUACAAUAUGUCAAUAAUGAAUGGUUAAUGUUCAAGAUAGAGUAAUUUCUUUACCACAAAAUAUCAUUUUUGUUUCCUAAACUGUAAAUGCAAAUGUUGGUAAGAAACAGUUAAAUCCAUGUGAAAAGAAUGCUGAUAUAUUUAAAUCUGACAUAAAUGACAUAAAUAAUGCCUAGGCACAGAAUGUGUAUAGUGUACAUAGGUAUAUUUAUAGGAGUAUAUGUUUUAUCGUAAACUUGGCUUUCUCAUUUUUACUGUACUGGCACCCACUGAACGUUUAGAAAAGCUGAUGCACUAUGUUUUAUACAAUGUUCCCUUAAAAUGCAAAUUGACUGAUAUAAAUUCCUGCAAUAAUUUUUGUUAAUUUUUAGAGUAAUAAAAUUAUGUGAGCCUUUU